AUGACCACCCGAGGGGAGCGCAUGCAACAGCGCAUGCGAGGAGCUGGACAUGGACAGAUUGAGGAUGUCUCAUUCCAAUUGGACUUUGGCGACGACCUCACAACCGAGAUCGAGCCUCAGAACAGCCCCGAGAGGCCACGCCCCCGACCGACACCAACCCCGAACACGUCUGCAAAGCGGCGUAGGUUGGACAGCGAGAUAGUGCGAUCUGCUGCUACUGCGGUAAAUAGUGCGAGCCAGGCACAGAAAUUUCCAGAGAAGCCCGAUAUCUACGAAGUCGAAGAAGGGUCUUCCACAGAAUCCGCCCAAGCCACACUCGCGCAACACGCAGCGAGCCCCGAUGCCGUUGCAGAGGCCGCCGGCCCAGACUCGGUCGAGUCCCUGCCGCCGCCACGGCCCGCCGCACCAGCGUCGUUUGUAUCACCAGUAUCGAGGAGGGUGGCAGCAGACAACACCGAGGUGGAGGAGAGCCCUGCAGAUGCGCCGGGUAGUGGGCGACGGCGGACAAUCACGACUAGUAGCGCUGUCGCGUCGAGCGCGAGAUUACAACAAGCACUUUCCCCGGGCGAAAACGAAACCGAGACGGUUCCAAUAUCUUCUCCUUUGGAGCGCAAAGUACGGCGGAACACGACCAGCACUCGCAGGUCAACACUCAGUUCUCGUGGGAGUCGGAAUUCUGCGGCAUCUGCCAACGAGGACCUGGAUGAGCUCUCUCCGGAAAGGACAGCAAACUCCGUCGACAGGACGAGGUCCCCCGAGCUUUCUUAUCGUCGUGAAACGGAACCAGAGGCAUCGGAAGCAACUAAAGCGGCACCAGAGCGAGAAACAGCUCUUCGGCCAGACGCUGAAUCGAUACUGGGGCCAGAGCUAGAUGCAAUCGUGGACGAAGUCCUGCGCCAGGGACAGGAUCACGAUGAGAGCCUGGCAGGGGAAGUAGAUGCGCAUGAAGCAGCUCUACAGCUGGGUCGAAAACGACCGCGUACGAGUCCUCGAAGAUCAUCUCCUGAACCGGAUUCUACGAUAGCUGAAGAGAAACAAGAAGAGCCCGCGCCGAAGAGGCGAAGGAAACAAGCACCAAGGAGCCCAGCGAAGCAGAGGCAGGGCGGGCCCAAAGCAGCCUCCAAGGGCAAAGCAGCCUCCAAGGGCAAAGCAGCCUCCAAAGGCAAAGCGGCCUCUCAAGCCAAGGACACCUCGCCAAAAGGUUUACUGAAGCGCAGGAAGAAGCGAGGAUCAGAUGGAGCCGAGGAGACUGUGAGCAUUCCUGUGCAGCGCUUCACGAAACGGGUGCAAAUUGCCGAAGGCGGCGAAGACGAAGCCGAUGUACUCGCUAUGGAUAUCCCGUUCGCUGGACGUGGUGGUGUGAACACGGUCGACGUGUUGACCCAAAUGUGCGAUGAGAUUAUGGAAACUAGCAUAGAGACCUUGAAGGAGGGAGUACGUAAUGCCCAAGAUGCAUCCACUAAGAGGGAGUAUCGUGUGCAGCAGCGGGCUCUGGAAGCGUACCAGGAGGAGUUGAGGACGCGGCUCCUCCAACAUACCAUUCUCCUCGAUACGCUUCAUAGCUUGCGCAAGCGAGUGCGCAGUGUGCAGAAAGAGAGGAUCACUCUUCGGGACGAAAUCAUGCGCAUCCGUGCCGAGCGAGAUCAGGUGGCGCUCCGGAAAGAUGCCGUCAGGAUUAAGCACGAGAGGGUGACGGAGGAAGCACUGAACCAAUUGAGCCUUUCUUCACAGAUGCAUGACAUCGACCUCGCCGUGGAGCGCGGUCGCGCGGCACCCGAGCUGGGCCCGGCCGAGAAGAAGCAGGCAGAGUUGGCGAACCUCGAGAUUUUAAUAUCCAGAAUUACAGACCAGGCUUGUACACAGAGCGACACAGGAGGCACGCUGAAACAGGUGAAAGAUUUCAACGCGUUCCUCGAACGAGCCGCAGUAGCUCUGGAGGGUCGAUAG